AUGAUGCCGGGUGGUGGUUUGGGGAUCUUUGAUGGCUGCACCAGUCAGUUCGGGUUCCAGUUUCCUGGUGCUCGCUACGGCGGUGUUUCCGUUCGCAGCGAAUGCUCGGCCCUGCCUAUCAAACUCCAGACAGGUUGCCAAUGGAGAUUUGACUGGUUCAUGAACGCGGACAACCCAAAUUUAUCCUUCACUCAAGUUCAAUGCCCGGCAGAGCUUGUAGCCCGAUCUGGCUGUCGACGAACCGAUGACAACAGCUUCCCUCCUUUUCAGAUGCCAACCAAUACAACUUGGCAGCCCCCAGAGUCAACGGAAACGGCCGGGCCGAAUGAACAGUGCGAUAGCAUUACAUGGGAUGCUCAGAAAAAGUGCCCUUCUAACUAUUACUGUAGAUAUGUUACGGAUUACUACUGGCAGUGCACUCAAGGCACUAACCCGACAGUUUCGUCGUCAUUGCCGUCAUUGCCGUCUCUGUCUAGUCCACGACCCUCACCCACCCUGAGCACAAGCUUCCGCGCUCUCACCACUCUUCCGCCAACAUCAAGUCCGUCAAGCUCUACUCUGUCAAUACCUACUAGUGUUGCGACAACAUCGGGGUUAGUUAGGGGAACGGUGCCUGUUUGGGCUCAAUGCAAUGCUGACGCCUGGCCUACGCCAUCGGGAUGUGCCAUUGGAGCUGCGUGUGUUUCACUCAACCCAUUCUAUUGGCAAUGUCAACCCACGGGAAUAUGA